AUGAGACUUCUUUCUGCCACUCUUUUGGCGGGAGCUGCUUCGGCGGCUACCCCAUCUCUCCAGCAGGUCCUUGGAGGUCACAAGGAGUUCUCGGAGAAUGUAGCUCAGCAAGGUGCCGAUUUGUUCUCCAAGCCCUUGCAGCAUCUCCAGGAGCAGUUUGGGGCUCUCUCUAGUGAAGCUCGUCAGCUCUGGGAGGAAGUCUCCAAGCACUUCCCCGAAUCUAUGGACAGCGCUCCCCUGCUUUCCCUGCCUAAGAAACACACUCGUCGACCCGACUCACACUGGGAUUAUCACGUCAGCGGCAAGGAUGUUCAAGACAUCUGGGUCUCUGGUACUGAUGGUACCAAGGAACGUGAGGUCGAAGGCAAGCUGGAGGACUACAGCCUCCGUGCCAAGAAGGUUGACCCCAGCUCUCUCGGCAUCGAUCCCGGCGUGAAGCAGUACAGUGGUUACCUGGAUGACAAUGAGAACGACAAGCAUCUGUUCUACUGGUUCUUUGAGUCUCGCAAUGACCCCGAGAACGAUCCCGUUGUUUUGUGGCUGAACGGCGGCCCAGGCUGCUCAUCCCUCACUGGACUGUUCAUGGAGCUUGGACCUAGCUCCAUCAACGCUCAGAUCAAGCCUAUCUACAACGAUUUCUCUUGGAACAGCAAUGCCAGUGUUAUCUUCCUGGAUCAACCCAUCAAUGUUGGCUACUCCUACAGUGGCUCCUCCGUCAGCAACACUGUCGCUGCUGGCAAGGAUGUCUAUGCUCUCCUGACUCUGUUCUUCAAGCAAUUCCCUCAGUACGCCAAGCAGGACUUCCACAUCGCUGGUGAGUCCUAUGCUGGUCACUAUAUCCCUGUCUUCGCUUCGGAGAUUCUCUCCCACAAGAAGCGUAACAUCAACCUUAAGUCUGUUCUCAUCGGUAAUGGUCUCACGGAUGGUCUUACUCAGUACGAGUACUAUCGCCCCAUGGCCUGUGGUGACGGUGGCUACCCCGCCGUUCUCGAUGAAAGCACUUGCCGUUCCAUGGAUAACUCCCUGGCUCGUUGCCAGAGCAUGAUCGAGUCUUGCUACAACAGCGAGAGCGCCUGGGUUUGCGUUCCCGCCUCGAUCUACUGCAACAACGCCAUGCUUGGUCCCUACCAGCGUACUGGCCAGAAUGUUUACGAUGUUCGCGGCAAGUGUGAGGACGAGAGCAACCUGUGCUACAAGGGUAUGGGCUAUGUCAGCGAGUAUCUUAGCCAGGAGAGUGUGCGUGAGGCUGUCGGUGCUGAGGUUGAUGGUUACGACUCAUGCAACUUUGACAUCAACCGUAACUUCCUCUUCAACGGCGAUUGGAUGAAGCCUUACCACCGCCUUGUGCCCGGCGUUCUUGAGCAGAUCCCUGUUCUGAUCUAUGCCGGUGAUGCUGACUUCAUCUGCAACUGGCUCGGAAACAAGGCCUGGUCCGAGGCUCUUGAGUGGCCUGGCCAGAAGGAGUUCGCUUCCGCUGAGCUUGAGGAUCUCAAGAUUGUCCAGAACGAGCACGUUGGCAAGAAGAUUGGCCAAGUCAAGUCCCACGGCAACUUCACCUUCAUGCGUCUCUUCGGCGGCGGCCACAUGGUUCCCAUGGACCAGCCCGAGUCUAGCCUGGAGUUCUUUAACCGCUGGAUUGGUGGCGAGUGGUACUAA